AUGAACUACGUGGGGCAGCUUGCUGAGACAGUCUUUGUCACGGUGAAGGAGCUGUACCGGGGUCUGAACCCUGCCACCCUGACAGGCUGCAUCGAUGUGGUCGUGGUGAGGCAGCCCGAUAACUCCUUCCAGUGCUCCCCAUUUCAUGUGCGUUUUGGGAAGCUGGGUGUGCUGCGCUCCAAGGAGAAGGUGGUUGACAUUGAAAUCAAUGGGGAGCCUGUGGACCUGCACAUGAAGCUGGGUGACAAUGGAGAGGCCUUCUUCGUCCAGGAGUCAGAGGAGAGUGAGGGCAGCAUCCCGUCCUGCCUCUGCACAUCCCCCAUCCCCACACAGCACAGCCCAGAGGGUGCUGGUCAGCCCUUUCAUGGGCAGGAGGCCUCCAGCACUGAAGCGACCCUGCGCAAGAAGAGGCGACGCAGGAGAAAGCCCAAGUGGAAGGAGGUGUUGGACUCGGAGUUAGAAGGCUGCGAGGACACCAAAAGCGAGGUGUCCGAUGAGGAGCCAUGUAAGCUGCCAGCCCCCAGUGAUUCAGUGUAUUUCUCCUUUGCUGAUCUCCCUGAAGAAGAAACCGGGUCAUUGCAGUCCCCAGAGGUGCACCCUUACUCUGAUGGGGAGCUGGCCUUUGUGGACAGCCCCACCCUGAGCCAUCCAUCUUCUCCCAAAAGUGACUCUGAGCUGGAGAUCAGACCACAGGAGAGUUUUGCUCUAGGGGCUGAAUCCCACAUGCAGUGGACCUGGGGAAGGCUCCCUCAGGUGAAUAAAUUGGAACGAGUUGAACCAGCCAAGUCAACAAAGACCAUUGCUACUGCAGCAACCACUGUCUCUGUGACGCUGGUCCCAGUGGAUGAGGCAACCCAUCUUGUUGCCACCUCCGAAGGAUCCACCAAAAGAAGUCCUCACUUGGGUCCCAGUGAUGUUUACCUGGAAGACAUCUCCAACCUGGAUGAGGGGCAGGUGGCGCUCUAUUUCCCCAGGAGACCUACGGGCUCUGACUCUGAUUCGAUGCCUGCAAUUGCCCUGUCGCUGUGCGGAGGCCUGGGGGGCAGCAGGCAGAUCUCUUGCGAGAAGUUCAUGGAGCACAUCGUGUCCUACCAGCAGUUUGCUGAGAAUCCAGGACUCAUUGAUGACCCAAACCUGGUGAUACUGAUCAACAAGAAGUACUACAACUGGGCAGUGGCUGCUCCUAUGGUCCUGUCCCUGCAGGCUUUCCAGAGGAACAUUCCUGAGAGCACCAUUGACCAACUGGUGAAGGAGAAGAUGCCCAAGAAAGGCAGCAGGUGGUGGUUCUCCUGGAGGAGGAGAGAAUUCCCAGCAGAGGAGGUGUGUUUGCAGCAGUGGCUGUGACAACUCUGUCCCCAGGGGACAGAUCUGCCCAGGUGCUCAUGGGGAAAGCCAUGGUCUGCUCAGCAGGAGGAAGAGGCGUCAUCCAGUGAUGAUGGAGCCCUGCCCCCCAGGGACACGUUAACCAUGGAUGCCCCUGCACAGAAAUCUCUGCCAACCUACAAGAAAUCCCUGCGGCUCUCCUCUGAACAAAUCGGAAGGCUGAAUCUGCAGGAUGGCCCCAACGAGGUGGCAUUCAGUGUGACAACUCAGUACCAGGGCACAUGCCGCUGUGAGGCCACCAUCUACCUGUGGAACUGGGAUGACAAAGUGGUGAUCUCUGACAUCGAUGGCACCAUCACCAAGUCUGAUGCUCUUGGGCACAUCUUGCCGCAUCUGGGAAAAGACUGGACUCAUCAUGGGAUUGCUAAACUCUUCCACAAAAUCCACCUGAAUGGCUACAAGUUCCUUUACUGCUCAGCCAGAGCGAUUGGCAUGGCACACAUCACCAAAGCCUACCUCAAAUGGGUCAACGAGCAAGGCUGUUGCCUCCCUAGGGGCCCCAUCCUGCUUGCCCCCAGCAGCCUGUUCUCUGCCUUCCACAGGGAGGUGAUUGAGAAGAAGCCAGAGGUGUUCAAGAUUGCCUGCUUGAUGGACAUCCAAAACCUGUUUGCCACAAAUCCGCCUUUCUACGCAGCCUUUGGGAACAGAGCCAACGAUGUCUACGCUUACAAGCAGGUGGGCCUGCCGGAGAGCCGCAUAUUCACGGUCAACCCCAAGGGAGAGCUGAUCCAGGAGCUCACGAAGAACCACAAGUCAACGUACGAGCGGCUGUCGGAGCUGGUGGAGCUCAUCUUCCCUCCCCUGGGACAGAGGGGGAGCGUUGCUCUGGUGUGUCCCGAGUACAGCCACUUUGCCUACUGGAGACCUCCACUGCCCGCUGUUGACUUGGAUGCCUUCUCCUGA